AUGCACAUGCAACUCUCCAGCGCCGACCUCCUCGACGUCCUUGACGACGAUCUGCUCGUGGUAGUGGCCGAGCAGCAGGCGGUCCGCUCGGUCCCUGACCUACUCGCCUUCUCCGCCGGCUGCCGCCGGCUCGAGGCAGCGUGCCGGCGCAUCGGCGUGCUGCGCGUGCGGCACCAGUCGGAGCUGAGCGUGGCGCUGCUGCGGCGGUUCACGAACAUCCGGAGCCUCGAGGUCGACGGCUGCCAGGCGCGCUGGAUCCCGCGCCUCGCCGCGACGCUCGCGAUGGUGCCCGGGCUCACAUCGCUCAGCCUGCACCCACCUCGGGACGGCGGCGGCGGCGGCGACAUCUCGAGCGGCGGGCUGCUGACCGACUCGGCGGUGGCGGCGCUGGCGGGCGCGCUGCACGCGCGCGCCUGCCCAAGCCUUCUCCAGCUACAGCUCGACGAGCGGCUCUCGGAGGACCGGUGCCGCGACCUGGCCGAGCCUCUCGCCCCGUCCGCCGGCCUGCUGCUCUGCGUCGCGCACGCGCACGCGCCGCUGCUGCCCGAGGCGUUUGCGCGCGGCGCGUGCGCGAACGCGGCCUUCGCCGACGGCACCUCGGCCCUCGCCCUCGCCUCGCUCCACCCGAGCCAUGACCUCGCGCGCGCGGACGUGAACGCGCGCACGGCCGACGGCACCACCGCGCUGCACACGGCGGCGUACAAGGGGCACGCCGCCGCCGUCGCGAAGCUGCUCGAGGCGGGCGCCGAAGUGGGCGCGGCCUGUGUCGACGGCAUGACCCCGCUCACAAUCGCAGCGCGCACCAACCACGCCGACAUCGCGGCGCGGCUGCCUCGAGGCGAAGGCGGCGCCCAACUAAUGAACGAGUCAGCGGUGGGCGCGGACCCCCACCGCGCCUCGCUCGACGGCGCCACGGCGCGCGCCACCGCGGAGCGCGCGCUCGCGUCGCUGCGCGAGAAGAUCAUCAAGCUCUCCGCACGGAACACCGCGGCGGCAACCUCCGCGAUCAACGAGAUCGCGCUGAGCGGCUCGCCCGCCCCGUCGGCAGCGGACGAGACUGUGCACCUCCUCGAGGCUGCGGAGCGCCGCCCGCGCCCCCUCCCCCGCCCCGAGGGCUUGGAGGAGGAGGUCGAGGCUGCGCCGCCCGACGCGAGCCAGCACGCCGCCAGCCAGCACGCCGCCGCCCCCGCCGGCGUUGACGUAGAGCUUGCGCCGGCCGGCCUCGGCAGCGGGGCGGCCUCCAGCAGCGAGAAUGGCGGUGGAAGCGGAAGCGGCGAAGGCGGAGGAGGCGGCGGCAGCGGCGGAGGCGGAGGAGGUGGCGGCGGCGGUGGAGGCGGCGGCGGUGGAGGCGGCGGCGGUGGAGGCGGCGGCGGCGGGAGCGGGAGCGGCGGAGGGAGCGGCGGCGAGGAGAACGACUCGUCCUCGGAGGCGGCUUCGGACGAGGAGGUCGAGGAGGAGUUGGACUAA